AUGGCAGGAGGCAGCGAUGCAGAUUCUAGAUCUUUAGAACAAACGCCCACCUGGGCUGUGGCCAUUGUUUGCCUGGGCUUUGUACUUAUUUCUAUAUUACUUGAACAAGCUAUACAUUUCCUUUCAAGGUGGCUCAAGAAACGCCGAAAGAAAUCCCUGGGGAAAGCAUUAGAUAAGAUCAAAGAAGAAUUGAUGCUGUUGGGAUUUAUCUCGCUUCUGCUUACUGUUGGGCAGACAAAAAUUUCUCAGGUUUGUAUAUCUGAGAGCUUAGGAGACUCUUUGCUUCCCUGUCCAAAGGAGGAGGCCUCAGAAGUUGAAGAGACUGAAAAGUUUUCAUUACCUGGACACCAUCGUAAGCUCAUGUUCUUAGCUUCUGAAAUACCAUUAAGGCGUAGCUUGGCCACAGACGAAAUUCAAAGUGGUCAUUGUGCUAAUAAGGGGAAGGUUCCUCUCAUAUCACAAGAUGGACUCCAUCAACUGCACAUAUUCAUUUUUGUUUUGGCUGUUUCUCAUGUCUUGUCUUGCAUUGUAAUCAUGACGUUAGGAUGGAUAAAGAUGAAGAAAUGGAAAGCAUGGGAGGAAGAGACUAAAACAUUGGAUUAUGAGUUUUCAACCGAUCCUUCGAGGUUUAGAUUUACUCGUGAAACUACUUUUGGAAGGAGGCAUAUGACUUUUUGGUCUACAACACCAAUUUUCAAUUGGAUUGUGUGCUUUUUCAGACAAUUUGUUAGAUCUGUGCCUAAAGUUGAUUAUUUAACAUUGCGCCAUGGAUUCAUACUGGCUCACUUUGCUCCCCAUAGUAGAUUUGAUUUUCAAAGAUAUAUAAGAAGAUCAUUGGAUGAUGACUUUACUAGUGUUGUAUCCAUCAGUCCACCUCUAUGGUUUUUUGCGAUCUUAUUUAUGCUACUCAACAGAAGAGGGUGGUUCACAUUUAAUUGGCUCUCCUUCAUUCCAUUGAUUAUUCUUUUGAUAGUGGGAACAAAGCUGCAAGUCAUAAUAACUAGAAUGGCAUUGGAUAUCCAAGAUAGAAAUCCUGUUGUGCAAGGAGCUCCAGUAGUGAAGCCCAAUGAUCAACUAUUUUGGUUUGGUCGACCCAAGUUGAUUCUAUAUCUUAUUCAUUUUACCCUAUUUCAGAGCGCUUUCCAGUUGGCUUUCUUCUUUUGGGCAUGGUAUGAAUAUGGUCUGCAAUCGUGCUUCCACGAUCGGGCGGCAGAUAUUAUAGUUAGAAUAACCUGUGGGGUUGCAGUUCAAAUACUUUGUAGCUAUGUAACUCUCCCUCUCUAUGCUCUUGUGACACAGCUAGGAACAAACAUGAAAACAACCAUAUUUGAUGAAAGAAUAGCUACAGCUUUGAAGAAGUGGCACCAGAGAGCAAAGAAGAACCUUAGACAAAAAAGACAUGAUGAUCUGUCAAGUGGACCAACUACUCCAUAUGAAGGAUCUUCUCCGGUUCAUCUUCUUCGCAAGUAUCUAAGUUCAGGAGACUUAGAAAGUGCCCAAAAAUUAGAGCAGGUUGAAUAUGAUAUUGAAGCGGAUGCACCCUCCCCUUCUCAACAUUCUCACCACAAUGCUAAUGAGAAUUCAAAGGAACAAAUAGCGGAAGAGAAACAAGAUGUUCAAACACUUGGGUUUGAGUUGAGCUUUGAUCAUUUUCGAAAUGAAAAUUUAAAAAACGUUAUCUCUACUUCUCACAGGGAGAACGAUUCAAGAAAGGAGGACCGUUAGCAGAAGUGGUCGACAAAAACACUAAUAUUCAACAAAAUAGAAAACAAUCUGUGAAGAUAAUUUUUGGUCAUAGAAAUUUAUGAGGGUUUGUAAAAUAGGUCAAAUGCACAAUGAUCUCAUCUUUUUUAAUAUUAUUGGUGUAUUAUAUGU